CAUUUCCAAGUGUAUGCGAUGAUACGUCUCGCGUGAUAUUGUAGGAUUCGUUCAUGCGGAAAAUCUGUAUUUUGUCUGUUAAUUCCACACCCGACGUUUGCUUUGAAUAUUUUUAAUUUUAAAAUCACGUUUAGGAAAGUAAAUGAUAAGUGUAGACGCGCCCUCUAUUUACAGUAUGCUGUAGAUGAGCUCGGCUUCAUGAACUCGCGCAUUCCACUUUGACCACUAAGUGUCGCUGUAUCCCUUCAAGCAAUAUGAAAGGAAUCGCAAACAUCAGUUGUUUGGUUUGGAAGCCCCCAACUAGAAGCAAACUAAGAAUAAAAUUGAAAAGAAUUAACAUUUGGCUUGUUCAAUAACUUUAAAUAAUAAUUAUAAUAAUGACAAAAUAAUUCAAACCAAUUGACUGAGGCUAUAAUUAAAGAUAUUGCCAUUACACACACACGCACACAAACAAUUUUAAUUACCAUUCCAAAACGUAUACUAUGUGAUUUACAGAACACUUUUGGCGUUAUUAACCGAACAUAUGAUGCUAUUUCCAUGCUGUAAGAAGGCUAGAAAGUGGAGAUUGUAGCCUACAUUAGUGGGAGGGAUUCUUGCUGCAGCAGGCGACGUGUGGAAUUUAGAGACCAAACUUUCCAGGAGUACCGAAACAUCUUAGACACCUGAUGAGCAUCCCACUAAAACAUUCCGAGUCCAACUGAAGGACGCUUGUUAGAAUUAUUAUUAAAUUGACUGUGAGGUGCCACAGCGUUUUUCCUAAAAGAGGAACAAAUUAGUGACUGGACGUGGAGAUAUGGGGCUGUCUUUUUGUUGCAGGUGUUUACUUUUGCUGUGUUUGACAGCUGCUCAUAGCCGUGCUGCCGUUCAGCAAACCUGCAUGGAUAAACAUCAAGUGGUUGGAGUGCUGCGACAGAUGGAGAAGUUUCUGAAAGGCCAAGAGCUUCGAUUCACAGAAGGCUUCCGGAUCAUGAAGUCAAAACUGGCAACCCUGCAGAAUUCUGUCUCCAAGUUGCCUCAAGCGGACCAGUCAGCUGCCCCUGCCACCUGUCAGCCCCUGGAAGAACUGGAGCACGGCACAAAGUUUGGAUCCAAAUACAUAGCCGGACAUGAGGUGCAUUUUGCUUGCUCGCAGGGCUAUCAUCUCAUGGGCUCAGCCACACGUGUGUGCCAAGACAAUGGAACCUGGAGCGGAGUGGACGCCGUGUGUAAAGACGUCAGUGAAUGUGCAAGUAACCCCUGCCAAAAUGGAGGUACCUGCGUGGAAGGGGUCAAUCAAUACAAAUGCACCUGCUCACAGAACUGGAGUGGCUCUCACUGCCAGCACCACACUCAGACAGCUCCUCCCGAGUGGAGUGUAAUGAAUGACCCAGCCUUCAGCCGAAAACCUCGCUGUGCCCAAGUGAAACAGGCCCGACACUGCAGCUGCGAUGCAGGUUUUCACAUGAGUGGCACCUCUGAUAACAGCAUCUGCCAAGAUGUCAACGAGUGUGAAGUCUACCGUCUGGACCAGGGAGGGACGUUAUGCAUCCAUGAAUGUGUCAACGUCCCGGGUUCAUACCACUGCUCCUGUCCCAGUGGCUACAAGUUGCUCCCAGAUGGGCGGAGCUGUGAGGAUGUGGACGAAUGUUUAAACCAGCAGCACAACUGUAGCCGAGGAACAACGUGUAUCAACACUGGGGGAGGUUUUCAGUGCGUCAACCCAGACUGUCCCCGUUCCCAUGGCAACGUCACCUACGUCAAAACAUCUCCCCUUCAGUGUGAGAGGAAUCCCUGCCCCAUGGAAAGCCGCUCCUGCCACCUUGCUCCAAAGACCGUCUCUUUCCACUACCUCUCCCUCCCGUCCAACGUACAGACGCCCGCCACACUUUUCCGUAUGGCCACCGCUGGAGCCCCCGGGCGCGCAGGGCCCGACAGCCUACGCUUUGGCAUUGUGGGAGGAAACAUGCGGGGUAUCUUUGUCAUGCAGCGCUCAGACAGACAAACCGGCGAGCUGAUCCUGGUCCAGCAACUGCGCGGGCCGCAGGAGAUCACCGUGGAUGUGGACAUGUCGGAAUAUGCCGACCGCACUUUUCAGGCAAAGCAUGUGGCCAAAGUCCACGUUCUGGUGUCACCCUACAACUUCUGAGGAUGAUGGGGAGGAUUAACUGAUCGUAUUGACCACCUUGAUUCCAUUGCAGCCAGUCGCAGGUCAGAGCGUGCUUCACUUUAAGAUUUUUCUAGUGAAAGCAAGCGAACGUGUGUGAAGAUAUAUUAUUAAUGUUAGAAAUUACAGUACACAUGAGGCAGCACGAGAAUGUCACUCAGUGACAGAGCACAGAACCUCCACAAGAGCCAAAUAACCCUAAAGGGAGUCAAUAUCAAAUUGUACACCCUCAAAGAUCCUCAUUGUCUUGCAUGGACUGCUUUCUCAAGAGCACGUCCUGAAUUUGAAUUCAUCAAAUAUGAUGUUGGAGUUGCAACGAGACAGCAAUUUUCCAGUUGAUUUGUCAAAACGUUCUGGACACUUUCCCUUGGAAGAAAGAUUUUUGAAAAUAUUCAUUUGGGCGAGCAAGACACUUUCCAUGUCUCUCAUUGCAAAUUGGGAAUCAACUGGAAAAUUUGGGAACUUAUUCUUUCAAACGCUAACACAUGCCGGAAUAUAUUAGCUUGCAUAAAGCAGAAUCCUUGUGUAAUGGGAAUCAGAUUCCCAUUACACUUGUGCUUCCAAAAUAAUCACUUUUCAGGAAACCCCCAAAACGACAUUUUUUUCUCAACCAGUGUCAAAGAGCUCAAGGUAU